CCGCAAGUCGUUAGAGAUGGUCAGUAGCCCAUUUGGAGCCCUCAGAUGCCACCUGGAGGCAUGGAGUAGCAGCGAAGGGCUCGUUUUGCGCUGGAUGUGAAGUCUGACGAGCGGAUGUACACCUAGGCCCCCAAGAAGACGAAGGUUGCUGUCCAAGAAACUGUCUCUCUUGGCCCCCAGGUCGCCGAGGGCGAGCUCGUUUUCGGUGUCGCACACGUCUACGCCUCCUUCAACGACACCUUCGUCCAUGUUACCGAUCUCUCGGGCAAGGAGACCGUCUCCCGUGUCACCGGUGGUAUGAAGGUCAAGGCUGACCGUGACGAAUCCUCCCCCUACGCGGCCAUGCUUGCUGCCCAGGAUGUCGCUACCCGCUGCCGUGAGGUUGGCAUCACCGCCCUCCACGUCAAGCUCCGUGCUACCGGUGGUACUGGCACCAAGACCCCCGGUCCCGGUGCCCAGUCCGCUCUCCGUGCCCUUGCCCGUGCUGGCAUGCGCAUCGGUCGUAUUGAGGACGUCACCCCUGUCCCCACCGACUCUACCCGUCGCAAGGGUGGUCGCCGUGGUCGUCGUCUGUAAGUCGUAGGCGUCUUGGCCUCACGACAGACAAAAUUAGCGGUCAUUGUUGCAUGUAUCAUACGUUGCAAAUGAUCAAUAUGUCGCCGCGCGACGCGCAGCAGGUCUUUGCGGAGACCUGCCCCGUGGUCACGCUUCACUCGUUUGUUUCUUUGAUAUUGUGGGCCGCCAUAUGACUUUUGCAUCU